AUGUUUUCAUUAUUUUUCUGCUCAGCCCUCGUGUUAUUGGAUUUCUUGAUCCUGGAGGCACAAGGUCACUGUCGUAAUUUGCGAUUCAUCAUUGAUCCAAUACCUGGUUACCAGUUGGAGAAUCACGUAAUACGAACUAUUGACGUCAGCAACGAGGAUAUCUGCCGACUGCAAUGCUACCUGGAGCUAAACUGUGUCAGUUAUAAUUUUAACAAGAUGGAAGCGGCAAAUGGGCAACACAAAUGUGAUCUGAAUAACGCUACUUAUGAACACGACAACGAACACUCAGGCGACCUCGCGAAGAACGAAAAUUAUGUGCAUCGCGGAGCUGAGAAUGUUUGUGCAAAGAAACCUUGCCAGAACAACGCAACCUGCCAGGCCGGUUUUACAGACAGCAAUUCUCUUCAAAUCGUGCGGGGAAGGUGUAACGGUAAAACCGAAUGUCAGCUGCAAGCAGUUAGCUCAGUGUUUGGUGGCGAUCCAUGUAGGGGAACAUACAAAUAUCUGCAAGUCAAAUACAGAUGCCUGGAAUAUAGAGGUUUGCAUUCCAGUCAACCUGGUCGGUCUUGCAAGCACAUCCGGGACUCAGGAGGCUCCAGAGGAGACGGGGAGUACUGGAUCGACCCCGAGGGGAGUGGAAACCCUUUAAAGGUCUUUUGUGACAUGACCACUGAAGGAGGAGGCUGGCUUCUUGUCUCCAACGCUGUGAUUGACAGCUCAUUCUCCACACCUCAAUUGUCACUAGAGACAACAUACCGAGGAAUUGGAAACUAUCACAACAGCAAAACAUUUCUGACGAAAAGUGCCAUGACUGAUCUGAGAUCACACUUGUCUUUCACUCAACUGAGAUUCCACUGCAGUAAACAGGGACGUACGUUCCACGUGACCACGGUCGCUAACAGCACUGGUGAAGCUGUAGUCCAGUACUUCAGCGGUCAGACGGAUGUCCAACCUGACGCCUGUGGCUCGUUUGUUAGAAUGGAUAAUGACAAUUCUCGUUUAGCUGGAGUCUGUGAUCAGUGGGGAUCUGAUGGUGAGCGAUUCCCUGGUAAAUGGGGCAUUUUGACAGCUGAUGAAGACAGACUGAGCAACAACGCUGCUUUUGUAAGAGGUUCAUAUCACUGGCUGCUGAUAACGACUCCGCCUGGCAAACUGAGAUGGAGAUGUGAUGACUCAAACGCUGAAGUAUCUUCUGGUGAUUUCUGGAGAGUCUUUGUUCGUUAAGACAAUGGUAAACUUAUUGCCAUCCGCCGCAUUUUUUAAUUUUUCCUUUUCAUUGGCCAAGAGCUCACCACAUGACCUGCAAAUAACUGCCUACAAAUAAGUGACAAAUAAUAAUCAAGUGAAAAAUGGCAGAUCGCUUCCCUGAGUUGUCAAACUUCCUACUGUGUAUUUUUUGCUGUUCUUAGGUUGGGAGCAUUAUAUUAACAAAAAUUAUGUAUAAAUUCGAAAUUCUCCAUUCAGCGUCAGCGCUGGUUCUUUUGGCCGCAAUCACAGAUCAUCACAACGAGUUGGACAACCCACGCAAAGAUGACGGUUACGCGUAUUCGAAAAUGGAUUAAUACUUUACUUUAGAAUCUUGCCACUUGUCUGUCGAUAAAUACUGGCUAUAGUUAUAAAUUCGACAAGAAAGCGUUUAAUUCCGUUAAAAAAAAUGCCCCCGUUGUGUAUAUUUGUUUGUUUUGCAUAGGUUGGCUAAGAAAUGUACAAGGAUUUAAAACACUUGCAGAGCCAUUGUACCACUCAUUAAACUCUUUGUUUUGCGACGUUUUCGCUGCCGUUCUGUUUUGUGUAAGUCGCUGUUGUGGUCUAUAAAAAGUCACAAUGUCGACGUAUCAGUUUUCUGUUUGCUUCUACAUUUGCGAUUGAAACCUCGAAGUCAUUGAAAAAUUCCAUGCGAACAGAAGUGUGGCUUACCGUUUUCCUCUCUGUUGCAGUCAACCGGGAAAUUCUGUUCCAUUCGCGCCAGGAAAUUUCCGGAAACCCACACCGGAAUUUUUGGUCUAAUGGAAAGCGUCCCAAAGCUUUGUUCCAUCCAUUAUGUUCCGCAGAUUUUGGUCGAACUGAUAGUCCGAACCGGGAUAUGUCCCAACAGUAUGUAACAUUUGAGUCUGUAACUGAGGAUGUCAUAACCUGAGCUUAUGUUAACAAGCGUAGCUGUGGAUUUUUGGACAUUUUGGACAGCUUCGUGAAAUGUUGGCAAGUCCCAGGAUGAACGAAAGUUUGAAAAUGAAGGUUUGUAAUAAGCAAAAAAGGAUUUUUUUUUCUGUUUUUCAUCGUUGACGUGUGGAUAGAAGGUCAAAAUCUGUUACAGUUAAAAAUGGGCAGUUUUCCGAACUCAACAAUGUCGCGGUAUGUUGCGUUGAAAUUUUGCGGUCGUUUGGCCGGGGCUUAAGUUGUCGUUAAUUAGCACAUUUUGUUGGGAAUUUUCAGUAACAAAAGGUGCUAAUUAUCGACAUGUUACUCCGUCUGUGUAUGUCGGCUUAGGCUUAUGCUUAUGCUUAUUCGCUAGUGAGAAUCACGUAAAAACAGUGAUAUCUUCCUUUUCUUAUUCAUAUUAGAAACAACAAUGUGACAAUCUGUGAAAAUAAUAGCAUUGUCUUCUAUGCAAUUACCGUCAUGCGCCAACCACAACAAAGGGACACUUUUUAAGUUGUCGCGAGCUCUCAUAAUAAAACAAUGAUUGUAUUGAUUUAGUCUAUUUGAAUAAAGAACUUGUUAAAAUUGAAUUCAGAUGUUGCAGCUCGGCUUAUGAUUCACACCAUUGAACCACUCUCGAAACUUCUCGCUGGAAUGGAACAUAAUUACCGGCCCCUUUUGGCAAAAGUUUCGUAGCCUUGUCGUAAACAUGUUUUCAGUGUUUUUCUGCUCAGCCCUCGUGUUAUUGGAUUUCUUGAUCCUGGAGGUACAAGGUAAGGUUCUAUUUAUUCAGCGUUUAAUAAUAUUUCUUCUGUUUCAUCGUUAUUUUUGACGAUGUACAAAACACAGACAAUAUUUUUUAGUGUCCUUUAGUAUGUAUAAUUCGCAAUAGUUUAUACUUCUUUUCACGAGCCUUUUAACUUUGUUUUGGAAAUUAUACUCGCGUGAUCGUGGAUGCUAAAACUAACGAACGUCCAGAGCAGUUUAUAGCUUGCUUUCGAUAAAUUUGUUGUCCUAUAUAAUAACACAUUUAUCAACAUUUUUAGAGGUACGAAUUUGUGCACGCGAGGACAUAAAAUCUUCAAAAAUUUUCUCUGAGGUUCACAAACUCAUUAAUAAUUCAUCAAGUUUAAACAGAGGAAAAUAAGACCAUGGCAUUUGGAUAUCCGAUCCUUAUUAUUAGAGAUUUCUAAGAUUUUAUUUCUCCGUUUUCUCCUUAGUUUUUGUUUCGAUUGAGGAGAUUUAUCAAACACCCAAGACAGUAAAUUACCACAUUUCCAAAAGCCCCGAAGUUCGUUAAAAAUACCUCGAUACGCCUCGUAUUUUCAACUCUCUCCUCGGUGUUUGGAAAUGAGAUGAAACGC